AUGGCGGCGUGUUCUUCAACUUCGUGCCAGAAAUCUUCUAAAAAGCGACUCCCAAAUAGCGUAUCUGAUUUACUAGAUGUCGCUAUAUUUACCUUUGCCUGCCAGACAGGACUGAGAAGUUACCACAAGAUUCGUGGGAAUCCAGUCCUGGAAGGCGUAUGUGCCUUCUUUGGUCAACUCUUACAAACGGCAAACGAGGAGACGAAGCAAGAAUUGCGAGAAAUCUCCGCCAAGAGAUUAGGCGAAUGGCAACCUGGCAAUGUGCCGACGCCUCAGCUUUUAACGUUUGUAUCCUCGCGGAUAAAAGCGUUAAAGGAGAAGCAAAUUAUUAAAGAAAACACCAACCCUGAGGUACCGGCUCUACUUGUCGAAAAGAAGGAGAAGUUUGAUGAGGAACAGGACAGAGUGCGGACCAGAACGUUGCCCAGGUGCUGGCGUUGUCAAAGUCGAUGCCAAUUUUGUUUGAAGCGGAAACGUCAAUUCCCAACAUUCGGAAACUUCAGAGCCGAGAAAGUUGCAUACACAUUUGCAUCAGUACAUGUCCAAAAAAAGUGCUUGCACAUGCAGGGACAGUGGCGAGGGUGGGGUGGGUGAGGAUUCACGCACUGAUCAUGUAGACACACUUUCAGGGACCAUUUGAGUUUGAGGGCCCGGGAUUAUAAUUAAUGGGUGAUUUUCAGGGCCCAAAAAAUAACUUAAUUUGCAAGGAUUUUUUGGAGAUUUCAUAAAAAUACUAUUUUUUACUUUUAAUAUUUUUGGCUGUUAUUUUCCAUUGGAUUUGUCUGCUAAUUCUCAAUUAAUAAUUGGCUUGCUGCACUGUAAGAAUUUUAAACAAAUCAGUGGCUGGUCAUGCAAAGAUUUGUUCUGCCUUAGGUUACUUUGAAUUAUUUACCCGAGUGUUUCAUGGGAAUCUUUUUGAGAGUCUAUGUGGCCAGAUUGUAGGUGAAAUAUAGAGUAACAAAUGGCAAAAUCCCUUUUUUUUUUCUCAAGCACGUCAACUCAUAUAGUCUCAUUCACAGCCAUUAUUAGGUUCAUCAUGCAAUGCUCCUCCUCGCUAGAGGAUUUCAAAUAUCUCUUUAAGAAAUUACAAAUCCUCCCCGUUCCAGCCACAGAAAAAUUUUGUGUGGUAAAAUGAACAAUUUACACAUGAUUCAGGGUAUUAUAGUUGUAAUUAACUAUUCCUGAAUACCUUAAUUUUCUUUUUCUUUCAAAUAUCAUUAUGACGUCAUGUUUCACGUGACCACAUCAGUUCAGUUCUAAUCAAUUCAAUGCCUGAAAGGAAAAAAUCCCGAACAUUUUUUCAACCUUUAGAAUUAACCCUUUCAGCCCCGAGAUCCAAAUACAAAUUCUCCAGUCUGAUCUCCAUACAUUUCUUUUAAGAAUAGUUGAGAGAAUUUGGUUUAAGAUCAAAGCAUUCUUCCUUUGGUAAUCAAUUUAGUAAUUCUUAUAACCUUUACUCCUGAUGAUCUGCUGAUAUAGUUAGGAGAAAAUAAUUAUUCAUGUUGGACACUCUUGGGACCUAAAGGGUUAAAAUGCGUGGCUGUAGAAGAAAAACAGCUUCUUCCUUAAUUAACAUNAUGUUGAAGAAUCUAGCAAAGUUUUAUAAUGAUUAUCCAUCAUAAAAUUACUCCUGCAGCAUGGCAUCACCGUUCAUGGAGGUCUUGGAAAAGAUGUUGGAUGAGAAUGAAGAUGAUCAUGAUAAUAGUGAUGAAGAACAAAACAUGGAUGAGGACCAAUCAGGUGAUGCAGGGGAAUGUACUGAUGGCGGUGAUCAAGACUACAGAAACCUCGUGCAAUCAGACAUUGAUUUUCCAGAUGAUGAUGAUCAGUCUGAUCAAGAUGGAAGUCAUGAUGAGAUCGAAUCGAGCCAGUGA